AUGUACACUUUGGAAGAAGUACAGAAACACAAUAAGCCAGACGAUGUCUGGAUUAUUCUACACAACAAAGUCUACGAUGUGACCAAGUACCUCGAAGACCACCCUGGUGGCAGCGCUAUCUUGAUUGAGGUUGCUGGUACAGAUGCUACUGAGGCUUUCGAAGAGAUUGGUCAUUCUGACGAGGCACGCGACGAGUUGGCUCAAUACCACGUCGGUGACCUUCCUGAUGAGGAACACGCCGAGUCCAUUGAGGUCUACCGCCCGACAUUCGAACAAGUAGCGCAGACAGCUGUCAUCCAGGUCAAGCCCACACCCAAUCGUGCUCGCUCUGUAGCCCUCUCCGCGCUCAAACUUGGCCUGGUUGGCGCCCUGGGAGGUGUGGCUUUCUCUGGCUACACCAAUGGAUGGGGACAAUUUGCAACCCUGUUCAAGAAGUUUUCAGACAAUGCCUCAAAUCUACUGCCCAGCCACCCCAACUCAUCCGGCCAGUUCUGGUCUGGCUUCGGUAUCGCCAGUGUCACCCAGAUGACCCUCACUCUCGGUUUGACCCUGUGGAUCUCGACCAAGCUCGACGUCCAGCAAGAGUUCACUCAUCACGUUCCUCACCGUAUCUCUCGUUCCGACAAACUACAUAUCCGCAAGAAGGUCUCAUCAACCAAACCCACCCCCAAGGCUAUCGCACAACCUCCCCUCGACCCCCGCCAAUUCAAGAACUUCCCCCUCACCCGCAAGGAAGUCGUCUCCCCCAAUGUGUACCGCUUCACUUUUGGCCUCCCCAACCCUAGUGAUAUCCUCGGUCUCCCCACAGGCCAGCACAUUGCUCUGCGCGCCACCAUCAACGGAAAGAGCGUCUCCCGCUCCUACACACCCAUCUCUAACAACACCGACUUGGGCCGCAUCGAGCUCCUGGUCAAGGUCUACCCUCAAGGCCUGAUGACCAAGCACCUCGAGCAGAUGGAGAUCGGUGACACAAUCGAGAUCCGUGGUCCGAAGGGCGCCAUGCAGUACUCCACUUCUUAUGCCAAGCACAUCGGUAUGAUCGCCGGUGGUACCGGUAUCACGCCGAUGUACCAGCUUAUCCGUGCCAUCUGUGACGACAAGGAAGAUACCACCAAGAUGACCUUGCUGUAUGCGAAUAACACUGAGGAAGACAUCUUGCUGCGCAAGGAGCUGGAUGACUUUGCUCGUGAGAACCCGGACAAGUUCUCUGUCCAGUAUGUGCUGUCGCAGCCUGGUGAGACCUGGACUGGUCACCGGGGAUUUGUCUCUCAGGGUUUGAUUGAGACUUACUUGGCGCCUGCCGAUGAUGACAAUAAGAUGCUGCUGUGCGGGCCUCCGCCUAUGAUUAACGCGAUGAAGAAGACUCUCUCUGUGUUGGGUUGGAAAGAUCCUAGUGCUGUUUCCAAGGCCACAGAUCAGGUUUUCUUGUUUUAA